GGCUACUCCCAUCCAGGGCUGCUGUCCAGUGCAGCUUUAUCAGCAGGGCUGCCACAGGCUCGGAGCUCUGCGGCUUGCCUCCCUUUUCUGCUCCUCCUACUCCCCCUCCCCGCGCCCCUAGGCAUUUUUUUUUCUUCCUUUCUCGCUGCCCCUUUUUCGGUUUUGGCUCCAGACUGUCGCUAAGAAUGCACCGUGUGGUUCCGGUGCGUCUUGGGAUGCUCCUGGGCCCAGCGUCCUGGAAGGGCGGGGAGGCAUGGCAGCGCCUCACUUGACGUUGACGGCGCUGUGAGGUCCCUUCUUCCCUCUGCAAGAAUCCUGACUAUGCAGAAAUUUAUCGAAGCGGAUUACUAUGAACUAGACUGGUAUUAUGAAGAAUGCUCGGACGCAAUGUCCCUGGGAGACGCAGGAGGGGAAGAGGAGUGUUUUGAAUAUGAUGGCCAGGAUGAAGAGAGGAGACCCACCAGCAAGCAGCCAUGCGUCGACACUCUGGACUUCUUGGAGGAGGUGCUAUGUGCUGAAAGAGUUGGCCAGAUGACUAAGACGUACAAUGACAUCGACGCUGUCACUCGGCUUCUGGAGGAGAAAGAGCGGGAUCUAGAAUUGGCUGCCCGCAUCGGCCAGUCGUUGUUGAAGAAGAACAAGACGCUGACGGAGAGGAACGAGCUGCUGGAGGAGCAAGUGGAACACAUCAGGGAAGAGGUGUCUCAGCUCCGGCAUGAGCUGUCCAUGAAGGAUGAGCUGCUCCAGUUCUACACCAGCGCCGCCGAGGAGAGUGAGCCCGAGUCUGUUUGCUCCACUCCGCUGAAGAGGAACGAGUCCUCCUCCUCCGUACAGAACUACUUCCACCUGGAUUCCCUGCAAAAGAAGCUCAAGGACCUGGAAGAGGAGAACGUCGUGCUGCGAUCCGAGGCCUGCCAGCUGAAGACAGAGACCAUCACCUACGAAGAGAAGGAGCAGCAGCUGGUCAAUGACUGCGUGAAGGAGCUGAGGGACGCCAAUGCCCAGAUCGCAAGCAUCUCGGAGGAGUUGGCCAAGAAGACCGAGGACGCUGCCCGCCAGCAGGAGGAGAUCACACACCUGCUGUCACAGAUUGUCGAUUUACAGAAAAAGGCGAAGGCUUGUGCGGUGGAAAAUGAGGAGUUGGUCCAGCACCUAGGGGCUGCAAAGGACGCCCAGCGGCAGCUCACAGCCGAGCUGCGUGAGCUGGAGGACAAGUAUGCAGAGUGCAUGGAGAUGCUGCACGAGGCUCAGGAGGAGCUGAAGAACCUCCGGAACAAGACCAUGCCCAACACCACGUCCCGCCGCUACCACUCGCUGGGCCUCUUCCCCAUGGACUCCUUGGCAGCAGAGAUCGAGGGCACCAUGCGCAAGGAGCUGCAGUUGGAAGAGCCGGAGUCUCCCGACAUCACACACCAGAAGCGAGUCUUCGAGACGGUGAGAAGCAUCAACCAAGUGGUCAAGCAGAGGUCUCUGACCCCUUCCCCCAUGAACAUCCCCGGCUCCAACCAGUCCUCGGCCAUCAACUCCCUGCUGUCCAGCUGCGUCAGCACCCCCCGGUCCAGCUUCUAUGGCAGUGACGUCGGCAGCGUCACCCUUGACAACAAGACCAACAGCAUCAUCCUGGAGACCGAGGCAGCCGAGCUGGGAGACCAGCGCACUAAGAAGCCGGGCACGCCGGGCACGCCGGGCUCCCACGACCUGGAGACGGCGCUGAGGCGGCUGUCGCUGCGCCGGGAGAACUACCUGUCGGAGAGAAGGUUCUUCGAGGAGGAGCAGGAGCGGAAGCUCCGGGAGCUGGCGGAGAAGGGCGAGUUGCGCAGCGGCUCGCUGACGCCCACCGACAGCAUCAUGUCCCUGGGCGCGCACUCGCGCUUCUCCGAGCUCACGGGCUUCUCGGGCAUGUCGUUCAGCAGCCGCUCGUACCUGCCGGAGAAGCUGCAGAUCGUGAAGCCGCUGGAAGGUUCUGCCACUCUCCACCACUGGCAGCAAUUGGCACAGCCUCACCUGGGGGGCAUCUUGGACCCCCGGCCCGGUGUAGUCACCAAGGGCUUCCGGACGCUGGACGUUGACCUAGACGAAGUGUACUGCCUUAACGACUUCGAAGAAGACGACACAGGUGACCACAUUUCUCCCCCGGGCCUAGCUACCUCCACGCCAGUGCAGCACCCAGAGACCUCAGGUGAGACGUUCCGAGCACGCGUGACUGUCUCAGGCAGCAGAAGUUACCCGAGCCGGCCUCAGGCUUCCCCAGAGGAGAUGCAGGAGCCGCCAGCGGCCGAGGAGGAGGAGGAGGAGGAGGAGGGGUCUGCGCACCACCCUGGGAAGUGCAUGUCACAGACCAACUCUACCUUUACCUUCACCACCUGUCGCAUCCUGCAUCCUUCAGACGAGCUCACGCGGGUCACACCAAGCCUUAACUCAGCCCCGACUCCAGCUUGUGGCAGCGCGGGCCACUUGAAGUCCACGCCAGUGGCCACGCCGUGCACCCCACGGAGGCUGAGCCUGGCCGAAUCCUUCACCAACGUCCGGGAGUCCACAACCACCAUGAGCACGUCCCUGGGGCUGGUGUGGCUGCUGAAGGAGCGGGGCAUUUCUGCGGCCGUGUACGACCCCCAGAGCUGGGACAGGGCUGCCCGGGGCUCGCUCCUGCACUCCUAUGCGCCCAGGAUGGCCGUGAUCCCCUCCACCCCACCCAACUCGCCUAUGCAGACCCCCACGUCCUCCCUGCCCUCCUUCGAGUUCAAGUGCACGAGCCCUCCCUACGACAACUUCCUGGCUUCCAAGCCGGCCAGCUCCAUCCUGAGGGAGGUGAGGGAGAAGAAGAGCCUGCGUAGCAGCGAGAGCCAGACCGACGUGUCCGUCUCCAACCUCAACCUCGUGGACAAAGUCAGGAGGUUUGGGGUGGCCAGAGUGGUGAACUCAGCAGGGCGAGCGCAUGUCCACACCUUGACUGAGGAUCAGGGACCUCUCCUCGGCGGGCCGCCGGGACCAACACACGCCCUGGUCCCCGGAGGCCUGGUCCCCGAGGGCCUGCCUCUGGGAUGCCCCACGGUCACCAGUGCCAUCGGCGGGCUACAGCUCAACAGUGGCAUCCGGCGGAAUCGUAGCUUCCCCACCAUGGUGGGGUCCAGCAUGCAGAUGAAAGCCCCUGUGACUCUCACCUCAGGCAUCUUGAUGGGUGCUAAGCUCCCCAAACAGACUAGCUUACGGUGAGGAGGGGGCCUGCGGCCCCAGAGCAGGCCGGCGCUCCCCGCUGCCUCCCUUCCACCCCGCCACAGCGCGCGCACUCCUCCUUCCCGUCUCCAUCCGCGCCCUCCCGAGCUCGACAAAUCAACCUCGUGCCUCAGGGUGGGCAGAGCCGAGGCCGUGUAGAAUGUGUACAUAGGACUCGGGGCACCUUGCACCUGCCCCGCCCCUUCCUCCGGCCCUGCAGGAAGGGCCCUCCGCACCAUCAUCACCCUCGCGAGGAUUUGGCUUGUGCUCACCCCGGGGGAAGGUUCCUCUUCGUCUUCUUUCCCCCUCAAGAAGCACUGAAACUCCCAAGUGUGUUCUUAUCCCAUGGAUAGGAAGCCAGUGAAUCCUGGGGCUGACUGCCCGCUGCACGCCACGAGUGCACCUGCCGCCCCGGGGCCCUGGGCCACCUCGCCUCGGCCACCCCACAAGAGGCUUAGGAGCCUCGGGCCUUGGCCACCUGCCGCUGACGUAGCUUUUCAUGAUGGGAGAGAUCUUCUUCCGUUGACGGGCAGCCCGGCUUCUCCCACCCGCGCGACCCUGCCUCUGUGCGCGGUCAUUUUUCUGUUGAGGCGUGACGCUCUCUUUCAUCAGCCGUCAGCCUAGGCGUCGGACCCAGCAGAGAACGGGUUCACACUGAGCAGCCCCUUCUGCGUCCUGUGUGAUUGCUUUUUAUCCUUCCGUGUUUUUAAACGCAGGGAAGUCGCAGUCCUGACAGCGUGCGUCCUCUCUGUGGUUCCGUGAUACCAAAAGAGGAAUUCCAGAUACCGCAAGCCGCUAACCAGUGCAGCGUGCUUCCGGGUCGCAGUGUCACAACCCAGUCGAUUUCAGACCAGAGCCCAAGACAGCUUCCACUGUAGGACUGAAAGGAAAAGGGAUAGGGACAGACCUCGGGGAGAACCAGAACCGACACCAAACCGAUUCCAGGGAAAAACGAGGCUUUGGUGUCCUUAGGGUGAAACGCAAGCUGGCCAGCGUGGCUCAGCUAUGUCCCGUUUUCCGUCUUGUUUCGGAACAGAGGCUGUCACAACCAGGUGUCUUCCUCCCCCUGCCCCCAGCCCUUUUUCUCCGUGUGCCACUUUCUGUCCUUAGAAGAACAACGGAGGUGCUUUUGGAAAGAACUACGCAUGCACGAACCAGGGAGCCUGGUCCUGUCGCUGUCACUGAUCCAGUCGUGAACUUUUAUUUAUUAUUUGUUGUGUGCCGUUUUGUAAACAAACACCCUCUCGCCUUCCAGCUUCGGCCACGGUGCAUCGGUGGCAUCCCAAUCGAAGCAGGGAUUGAUUUGUUGUAAUCUGAGCACUGCACUGGACGCCAUGGGGUUCCGUGACCAGACUCCUACGGGAAGGGUAACAUCCCAAGGCAAUAGGUUGUCAUUUUGUGUCCCCACCUGGAGUGUCCUGCCCCUGAGUGACGGCAGCCUCAUGUCCACCGAGGACACUGGCAGAGGAGUCCCCAAGGAGCAAGCCUCAGUCCCACGAUUUCAAAUUAUUUAUUCUCCUAACACCUGUUUUUUUUUUUUUAAUUAUGUUCUCAGCUCUCCUCACUGUCGUAGGUGUGCGCUCUGUGCGAGUAACGUUAUCUCCCUUGAUUUGAAUGUAUUUUAAAGCAGCAGGUGGAGUAACAAAGGAACGUGAAAGCCACGCGCUGAAUGGACCACCCCGUGUAGAGAGCGAGGAGCCAGCGCUGCCACCAAACUACCAGUGUCUAAACCGGCAACUCGGAGGCCGCAGUAUUUAGCGUAGUAAAUAAAUCAAAUGAGCAACAUUGUGCAGCCACUACCAAGAAGUGUGUUGUGAUGCAUCAGACAUCAACAAUAAAAUCUCAUUCGCUAACGAGAACCAAUAAAAUAAGCUCAAAUGAUGGAAACCA